AUGCGAAAACAAGUUGAAUUUGUGGAAUUGCUAACGACAAAUGCUGGAUCCAAAAUCCGAUCUCUAUCUUUGACCACCGUCACCGGCAAACGAAUCCCGAUCCAUCCACCUUCUCAAGCUUGCCUCUCUUUGAUCAUCAUCUCCGUCAACGAUGUAACACCCAAAUCACAGACCAGCAGUCACGACAAACUGACGGAGAAGAGAGAUCGCACAUACAUCUAUGAUCUCUCGCUUCGAGUGAUUGGAAACAAAGGGCCCGUCGUCCAUCACGCUCUCGUUUCUUGUUGGCGAAAAAACUCACAACAAAUCAUAGAUGAAAUAGAAGAAGCAAAGGAAGCAGAAAUCGAAGAAGAGAAUGCUAAAAAAGCAGAGCAUCCGCGGAAACCAAGUCUGCCGACGAAAACAUCUUCCGGCCGAAACAGGUCUCGCGUGAACGAACCUUACUGGGCAGAGAUAUACGCCAAGGGUAACACAGGUGUGUUUUGGGACUUGGUGGAUUUUCCAAUCCCUGAAUGUGAUCCUUAUUUAAUCAUCAAGAAUAUAAAAUCAACUCUUGAGGAUAAGGGUUGUCAAAAUGGUCCUGUGUCAAUCCAGUUGUACCAAGAUGAGAAAAACCUCCUCCCCAAAGAAUUGAUUGAUAAAUAUGAGGCUGCCGGAAUCAGUAUCAAUUUCGUACCCGAUAUUCCUGAGGCGUAUGGAUAUGCUAGAGAUCAUAAGAUGUUAGUGGACAUUCUUCGGUGGGCAGUGGACAGUCCUAUGGAAUCCAAUUUGAUUGUACUCUCAAAGAACUUGAAAGAAGAGUUGACUGUCUGUGUUAUUCAAGGUUUGCAUGAUAGAGGUUACAAUGUUCUCUUAGCAGUUCCUACAGAAGAGAUACCUUUUACUGAAAGCUCAGCAUGGCUUUGGGAUGGCCUUUGUGCAAGCCGAAGCUCACAACAUGUUGACAAUAAGGCGGAUACUGUUGCUGUUGCCGAUUCUGUGUAGUGACUAGGGAGCAAAUAUCGGUAGAGGAGACGAACCUUAUGUUAUUCUCUUUGAUUUGAUCAUUUUAAUUUUUUCUUCAUAUAAAACAAAAACAAAAAUUAAAAUAUCGAAAAUACUCUUUUAUGGACUAAGAGAAAAUGCAUGCAUGUAUGUGUAUUUUUGUUA